AUUGCGACGCAGGUACAUACAUACAUCUAUAUAAACAAAAAUGUACAAAUUAUGUAUGUAGUAUGUCAACACGCUUGUGAAGUGAUUUAUUGAUCACAAAGUGAAGAAAUUAUCAGUAAUAUAAAAAAAAAAAUUAAAAUUAGUAGAAUAAAAAACUUUACUAUCAAAGUAUUUCGAAAAUAAUGAGUGUUACGAAGGAAUAGCAUAAAUACAUCAUUGUACAUAUAAUUAAGUGAAAUCACGAAAAAAAAUGUGUGGAAAAAAUUAUUUUCUUAUCAAGUGGUAGUGUAAUUACAUACAUAUGUAGAUGUUAGUAAAGCAUAUUUAUAACAGGUGAAUAUUAUAUCGAAAAGUGUUUUAUUGCAACAAUUUGGAAAUUGGUAUCAAUAAUUUUUGCUUGUUGAAAAACAUAAAUGUUAAAUAAAGAGAGCUGUUUCAAGUUUGCAGUGUAAAAUUUCGAAAUACGCAUUCUCGGAUAAUCAAAAGGAACUUAACCAAAUAUAUACUUGUCUAAAUAUUUGAAGCUGAGGAUAUCUCCUAAAGCAAUUAUUGCUGCCUCUCCUCUUCAAAACGGUUCAUGAAGUAAACGAUCAUAUCGAAAAUACAAAUACAUAUUUGGCAUUAUAAGCUACCCAACUUAUUUAACAUACAUACAUACAUAUCUUAAACUUCCUUAACUUAAUGGCUUUGUCGGCUUGUGUGUUCACAUUUCCGUCGCAUUAAAUGAUGUCCAUGAAAAUGUAUGCAGGGUUUUGCCUAUUAGGAAAACCACACCGUCGCUUUACCCACACUGCAACUAUGUAGAGCAGCAUUGUUGAUGAUUAAAUUGCAUUCCAAUAAAUAGACGAACGGAGCAAAAACUCUGCGGCUGAGAAAAUUUUCUAGAAUUAGACAACUAAAACCAUAGCAAGAGAAACUAAUAAAAGAAAAGCAGAGCUACGGUUAUAGGUAGCAGAAAAACAUUGCAAUUUACAAUCAAUAUUGUGACAAUCGCAAUUUGUCAAAUACAGUGGCAGCAACAAAAACAGCAAUCACAACGGCAAGCGUAGUGACAUGACAGGACAACAUUUUAAUUGAAAAUCAACAGCAAAAGCAACGCAGGAGAAGCGGGAGCAAAAAAAAACAAAAACAAAAAGAGGAAAUUCAAGCUACAAAAUCUCUCACACUGCAUGCACGUCGCUUGCAACAUAUUGAGGGCGCAUAACUUGGCAUUUUUGUGAGCUGAGUAAAUGCUCAGCAUCAUACACCACCGAGCAGAGUCCUUGGUCGCGCAUUAAGCUUGCACUCGCAUGACUCACCACCACAGUUACGGUGCUUUUAUCAACUAUUGUUGUUUUGGCUCAAGAGAUCGCUGUGUGUGGCAGAGUAGCGGCCAACAACAGAAAACUACAACUAUCACUACCAAGUAACAGCACUGCACUGCUACAAGCUGUAACAGUGGCCCAACCCCACCACACCACACAACGGCCACCGGCACUACGACCUCGAUGGGUAAGACGUGCCCAACGCCGAGCCUGAAUUCGAGUAUCUCGAAUUCUGUAAUAACUACUGCGAGUAGCAACUAUAAUCAGAGUCACAGCAGUAACCAUCAUCACCAGCAUAAGCAUCAGCAUCAGCAACAACAGCAACAACAGCAACAGCAUCAUUAUACGGUGCCGUUGCCACCACCACCACCGCCGCAACCACUCCAAUCGCAGCCACAACAACAUUUUCCACAGAAAUACAUGAAUUCGAAGCGUAAACAUGCCAACAAUUACCACAACAUGCUGAUGCAUCCGGGUGCCCAUUUGGAUCACAACAAUUACUUGCAUUUAAAUUCGUUGUGGUCCAUUUGGUAUGGCGUUUUGCUGACGCUAUUCCAAGGCUAUUUAGCCGUACAUGGUGCCUAUCGGUUCCUUGGCUGCUCGCUGAUAUCGUGGAAAAUCGAGCCGGUAGCUGAAUUGAAUCUACAAAUUGUGCUUUCCGGUGUAGUCUUCAUUUUGCUGCCGUUUUUCUUUACUUCAGCUGUUUUUAAGGUUGGCAACUUGGCAAACGAUGGCAUCAAGUUGGCGACUGGCUCAAAGGAGCGACGCUGUUCCAUGUCACCACAUGACGGACUCGAGGAGGAGGCACGCGGUGGCACCUUACGCGCCCUAUGGACGCAUGGCGGUCCGACGGCGGCCUUUGUGCACAUCGUGAUUGCAAUGUGUUUGCUGUUGCCGCGCUUGCUCUUGGAGGCUAGAAUAAUUGAAAACGGACUGCUGCCAAGAGACAAUAUUUGGCAAACGGAACUCGAUUUUAUUGCGGUGAAUCGACGUAAUAUGGUUGUGCUCUCAGUAGUUACCGCUCCCUACCAAAAUGGAACGGGCGACGGCGGCUACAACGGCAAUGGCAAUAGCUUAGACGACGACUCGGAAGAAGCCUACUAUAACGAUACAAUGUUUACUGCCGUCACCAGCGGGGAAUUGACAGCAACUAAUUUGAACAACAAUAUGCUCAACGUAUUGACGAGUUCAACGCAGUGGAGGCCAGCUUCGGAUAUGGAAAAUCACAAAGAGACUGGCAGAGGCAAGGGUAGCAACAAUGUUGGAGUGGAUUUUAUGGAUGGCGGAAAGACAAGAUAUUUCGAAAUGCACGAUUUAAUUAAUCGGGGCAGCAAUAAAGAGCCAGAGAAAGACGACGCAGCAAAUAACGGUGAUGAUAUCGAUGUAGACGAUGACGAAGAUGAUGAUAUAAGUGAUGUUGCAGACCAUAAAGACAACAAACAGUAUACGUUUAAGGAAGAAGUAGACAUUUAUGAUGGCGGAGGAACUGGACCCGGCAGUGUUGACAUUGACGGUGAAAGUGACGGCGGAGGACGCAUCUUUGUUGAGCAUUUCGAUACAAAGGAAUUGUGGACAGACAAACCUGUCAACAUGUUGCCGCAAACGACAACCGCAAAAGCAGCAACAACACCAAGCGCAAGUAAGGCAAUGAAUGAACUGGACGACAAUAACAACAAAAACUACGACAAGAUGUGGGACAAAUUGGGCACGCUCGACAGGGGAAAUAGUUUGGCAACUGGUGAUUCGGAUAUUGAUGAGAAGGAAGCUGCGACAACUACUAUAACGACAACAACAACUAAGCAGUCAAGUACGAGUACAAGCAGCAUGCGACCCAAAACAACAACUACAACUACGACAGCAACAACAGCAACAGCAAGAGCAAACGAACUUGACUAUUCAACAGGACGUGCGGCUGCUGUGGCGACAACUACAACCGCUGGCGCAAUAACGACAACAACAACUACAACUAGCGGAAGCAAUACAAAUUAUGCGGGUAAGGCGACUCAACGCACAAGCACAACAAAAUCGACACCGACUGCGGUAAGUGCAAGUGACAAUAGCGCAGAGGCUAAAGAUGUAGAGGGAUCGACCGUUGCUGCGCGCUCCACCACAACUUCAGCCACACCUGUGGUGCAUACGCAACCCACACGCGCACACAAUCACCAUCACCAUCAUCAUCAUAAUCAGCAAUAUAACAAUCAUCAACACAGUCAUCAGCAACAUAAAGAGCAGUCACCACAUACACCGCGUAAGCAUCACGGCCACAAUCGACAACAUCACCGACAACGCGGCCAUCGUCGCCACCACAGCAACUCAGCUGCCAAUGCAGGUGGUGCUGGCGUUGCUGCUGCUGGUGGCGGCCAUUCAGACGAGUCAACCGCAUCGCGCUCCUCCCGCCUUGAUGUGGGCCGCGCCGCCGCCGACUUGCGCCCGUCCAACGCUUUGGGCACCAACAUGAAGGUUAGAGUUAAUAUCGAUUUAAAUCGGCUCGAUGAGUUGGAUUUGUCUGCUGGGUCAAGCUUUGAGCAGUCUGCAGUUUUGCCACGUGCACGAAACCGCGAUUCUGCAGCCGCUUUGGCAGCGGAUGCGCUCGAUUACGACGCACGACGCAUCAACGCUAAUUCAACGUCCACCAUUAGUACGACGACACGUGACAGCAACAUACAUAUCGUUAAGCCCGAGAUGCUGCCAGAGAUUAUACCGUCCACGCCGUUAACAAGCAAUUCAAAAAUUAUCGAAAUCAAAACGAAGAGCAGCGGUGUGGGUGGCGGCGUGAAACGCUCUAAGCGCAUGGCACAGGAAGAAAUGCAGGUGGAAAUCGAACCGGAGUACAUGGUGGGUGAGUUGUCAGCCAACGAUUCAAGCGAGUACAUAGCACCCGCUGCCGCUGCGGGCUCCACGGGUUCGAUGGCAACAGCAUCGUCCUCAUCUUCGGCCGCUAAUAGCAUCUCAACCGCACAGCAAUCACCACAAACGAAUCUGGUGCGUCUCGAUGGGUUCGCCGGCAUGCUACAAAUAUUCUUUGGCAUCGAAAAGCCUAUCGAUAUGGCUGUGUUCGCACACCCACCUAGCGCCGAAUUCGUGAAUCUAGUGUUUGCGUUGCUCGUUUGGUGUGUACGCUAUCCGGCUGUCUUUUGGACGACAACCAAGUCAUUUGCCACCAUUUUCAGCAUACAAAUGAUUGCUGUCGCGUUAGAUAUCAUAUUUAGCUACAUUGGCGCCGCCAAUCUAUACAAAUUGCAGGUGUACAGUCAGGCGAUGCCCAUCCAAAACCCCGGCCUCAUUUUGAAUGGUGUCGUAACGUUGGCGCUGUUCUUGCUGUCGUCGGUGUUGAUGAUUGCAUCAUCGAUGAUUAUGUACUUGUACGGGCACGGCCGAUUGGCGGCAAAAAUGCGUGAUCGCUCAUUAAUCACGAUGAAAUCGAGUGAUACGUGGAUUUAUUUUGCGCACUGUGCUUCACUCUGUUACGUGCUGGCGUUGGCCGUGGUGAAGGCGCCUCUGUUGAACGACCUCAGCGCCACGUACAGGAAUAAUUUACACUGUCCUACGUUUCUAUCAGCUCUCGUCAGCGUCGCACAUCUCUUGCUGUGGAUUGUUAUUUGGUUGGGUUUGACAGCCAAACGUCGUUGGACAUUCAAAUUGCCACCAAUGGAUGCCUAUGGCAUUACCAAAGCGACCACCCAACCGCUAUUGAUGGCAAAUCGUAGUAGUUUGCCCAGCGCUGGAAGUGUUAGUGGCAGUGGCAGCAAUAUUGGCAGCUCGGAGCUAAAGAGCUCAUCUUUAAUGAGUGGUACUACUGGUGGCGGUGGCGGUGGCGGUGGCGGUGGUGGUAAUAGUGGCCGCGGUGGCAAAUUGAGCACUGAAUCCAGCACUGAUGGUGGCAACGAUGAUGUGUAUUGGCCAAAAUUAACGCCAAGCUCACCGAAAUUGAAGGUCACCUUCAAUGAAGUACCGAGUACGUCUGAUGAUGUUCUACUAAUUGGUGACCAAGAACAAAACGAUGGCAAGCGCCAUUCGUGCCGUGGAACCGCGAUAUGUUUUGCCAGUGUUGCGGGGGAAAUUGACGACGGAGAAUAUGCGACAUUAAGAACUGCCAGCGCUGCCACCACCAUGGCAGGCAUCAACAUGACCAGUAUGAGCAGCAUGGUGUUGAGCAACAAAGGCACCACCAACCAAAACAAAAUCGACCCCGUCAUGACGAUCGGCUGUGGCAAUGAGACGCAUGUCAGCGGCACAACUCCCACCGGCAUGCAUGGCAUGAAACUUUUACAUCUGAGCGAAUAUGAUGAGUUGCCACCGCCACCGCCACAAUUAAUGCCAACAACUACGAGUGGCCAACACUGUGCGGCAGCAGCUCGAAGUGACUAUGUUAAUUGCGCUGGCGCUGGCAAUGGUGCUGCUGGCACUGGCAGCUUUGGUGAUGACAGCACCUCGGAGGAGGGCAAACUCUUGGCUUGUGUGCAUGAUGACAGGGUGACGUAUGCAUCGACACGCGACUUGGAACCGCCAGCAGCAACAACGCCACCUCUUCCACCACCGCCAAUGCAUCACACAGCAAUAGGUGGCGGUGGCGGUGGCGGCGGCGGCGGCGGCGGCAAGCAGCAGUCAAUAGCCGGUAAUGCACAUAUCAACUCGGCUGGUAUUAAUGGUGCAACGAGUAUGGCAAUGAGCAGUGGUAGCGGCGGUGUUAGUGGUUCUACUGCUGCAGCUAUGGUUGGUCGUGCGCCACAAGCUAUACCAGAGAAUAUGCAAUUGUCUUCGUCGCCGGAGCAUCUAGUCAGCCCAUUGGCACCGGUGACGGUCACAGUGCACACCAACGAGGCGCAUAUCGCCUCCAGCUCUACGCCGCGCUGCCUGCGUCGUGCCGACUCGGGUGUGCCCAACGAAGCGCUAACGCCGCGCAGCGACACCACCUCCACCACAGAGAGCACCACUUCGCCGCCAGAGCGCGCUCCGUCCGAAUCGUCGAGCGGUGUGCACUCGGGCGAGGAGCGGGACGUGGAGGUGGUCAUUCGACCACGUGCCGCAUGCAAGCCACCACCCAAGCCGCCACAGCCGGCCAUUCAAGAGGAGCCCUACGGUCGCUGCACCAACAUGCGCAUGUCCAGUUUUGGCGGUGAUGUUGCCACCGCAGGUGGUGGUGCUGCUGGGGGCCGCGCACACAACAGCGCCACCCUGCCACUGACACGUUCAGCACCCGAACAAAAAUUCGAUUACGCCAAUCAUUGUAGCACAAUGCCGCUACCGGCAGCUUAUCAUAGUCAACAGCAGGCGGCAGUAGCUGUACGCGGUAGUGGCAACUAUGGCAUGACCACAUCAGCAUACUCGAUGCAUUCACAGCCACCGUUGCCGCCGCCACCGCUCAACAGUGGUCUGAGUAGUUUUCGUGCACAAUAUGCCAAUUCGUCGGUAGCGAUGGCGGGUGCUAAUGCGGCGCGCAUGCAACAGCAACUGCUAAACGAACAGCAGCAAUACUCACAGCCACAGUCAACAUCACCACCACCACCGCCACCACCCGCCGGUAUGCAUACGACACUGCCGAAUGGUGUACGCUACUCGAAUCCGCAUUUCCUGCGUCGCUUGCCGCACGUCACCAAGGCGGCUGAAUCGCCAUAUGGGCAUUUGGGACUUGGCGCCGGCCAUCACACUUUCUCCAAGCUGCUGCAGGAUCCACUACAGCACAGCCUAGUCAAUACAACUAUACCCGAAGAUCGCGACUCGGCCAACUAUUCCAUGUCCUCCGAACAUGAUGGCGGUAAUUUAUAUGCGACAGCACAGACAUACAACUGAGCGGAAGGCUAAGUGGGGAAAAUGAAAAGCGAAGGUGGCAUAAUAGCUUAACAGCUGCAGCUCAACUGGGAAUGUCAUGAAACGUAAACACAAACGAGGAAGCAAAAAUUUGUAAUUGAAAGGUAUCAAGUGCAAAAAAAAAGUAAAAAGUGGUAGUAAAAGUUAAUUAAGUAUUGCGACAUUGUAUUGGUUGAAAAUUCGUGAAAAAUAUGAGAAGAAAGAAAGUGAAAAUAUAAGGUGAAAAAUAUAAAGUAUUCGAAAUGAUUUGUAGGCGCCACGCAGAGAGGAGUUAAAAGUGUAUGCAUUUAAAUACCUUGACUUAAUUUGAAUAUUUUCAACUUAAAGUCCUUACAGUUCCAUAGUAAUUUUUUCAGUGACCUUCUAACAAGUUUUCGACCAGCAACAUACAUACAUAAGUAAGUAGUAUGUGUCUACUUAUUAGACUGAAAAGAUUAUCCCCACAAGUAAACGGGUAGUAGCUAAUGUGGAAAACUAUAAAGCCGAAACGACUUGUUGCAGAAUAAAGACUUAAUAACAUUUUUCAUAUCAAACUUUGUGGAGUAUUUCCGGAUCAAUCGGGUCUAGUUCACGACUAUAUCAGGGCGCUUUUAGGCCUAGUUCUGGACCUUUUGAAACUAGUUCAGACUUGUUCGAUAUCAUUUUGGGACAAAUACACGACUCUUUUCUGAACCACUUCAGUACAAUUUUUGUGCUAGUUCGGAAUCAUUUUGCGGUAGUUCGAAACUAGUCACAAAAUUAUCCUGAAAUAGUAAUGAACUAUACCAAAUUUCAUGAGUACCUGGUAUUCACUCCUUUUUUUUUGAAUUUGUAUUGCACUUUUUACUCUUUUCCCCUGGCGCUGGAUCAAAUCAUUAAAAGAUGCCAUACCUAUUUAUAAAUAAAAUAUUUGGAUAA